AUGGACGCCAUUUCCACCCAUCAACGUCACUCACCCCAGGCGGUACCUAAGCCUCUCAAACAGAGAAAGUUUAGAUCUUCCUGUGAUGCAUGCAGUGGAUCUAAAGUCAAAUGCAAUCAAGGAAAACCACGAUGCGUUCGAUGCAUCAAUCUAGGGCUUGCCUGUAACUACAGCCCUUCUCGGAGAAUGGGAAAGCCACCAGCCUCGUCUCGAAGACUCAUCAACACAUCAAGUCCUUGUCGACCAGCAGAUACAUCUUUACAAAGAUCUGAGAUCAAGGAGGGACAAUUGUUUCUGCCACCGUGCACGCCAGAGCCACACAUACGUAUCCCAGGUGUUGGUCAAGGCCAGCAUUUUCCCAGGUUCCCGAUGAUAGACGACACAGACCUUGCGGGAUUCGAUUGGCGAGACACAAUAUAUCCGCCAUCGACGUCAACUUUCAACACUCCAAUAACAAUCAGCACCCCUCUCAAAAGCUUGAAUCUCGCAAAUCCAUCUUACGACUUCGCAACGAGUCCAGAGCUCCCACGGCUGCAAAAUAGCAGGCCCUUCAUCUUUAGCGAUGACAACAGUACCACGGAAGCGAGUGAAGCUCAAAGCUACAACACCUUCGAACACUUUACAGGCAGCUCCUCUCCACCGCCGAAACAGGAACCAUUGCCACCGCCAAGCAUAUGCACACCAAAGCUUCCCGCGCAGUAUUUCGAAGUCGGCCCCCAACCAGUAUCUCAGCGAAGCGAUUUCCCCAUCGAUCAACUACUCGCGGAGAACAAGGCGCAGCUCCAGAACGCCUUCAACCUGCUGUCACACUCCUGCCCCGACACCCCCCACUACGCCCUCACCAUCGCCCUGACCUGCGUCAGGAAUCUCGCGCACUGCGAAGCUGUCCUCCAGGCGCCGCAGCCAUCUCGCUACGCGGAGAAGACCCGGAUCCAGAUCGUCGUCAACGAGCUGCGCAAAGUCAAGGGCUUGGUGGACAGGUAUGCCAACAAGUACUGCUGCCACCACCCUGGGAGGAAGGGCGACGGCCACGAUGGUGGGAUCUACGGCGCGCUGGAAGUCUUUCUCAGAUCGGAGUUGGCGAUGGCGAUGCAAGACCUGCUCAUGAGAGUUCAGUCUUAG